CCUUAUUGUAGCCAGCUUCACACAGGGAGUGUGAGAGGAAUUCAAGUAGGUAGCGAACAGAAAGAGUGAUUGUGAAAUCAGAAAAUGGUUUGUUGUUGUCCACAGGAAUAACCUAUGCGACAAAUUAUACAAAUUCAUAGGCGAUCUUCUUUGCGUCCGUGAGUAGCUAAGCUACGUUUUUUUAUAGGGUUGUCUCAAUUCUUACUGUACACUCCUGGUCGAAUGACUGGAAUUUUCCUGAAUAGGAAAUUGUUAAAUUAGCAUUUUGGCUAGCUAGCUAGCGAAGUUAUUCUGUGGAAAUCACUGCUCCACAGCACAGCAGUUUAGCGUUUUUUGGGGGAAAAUACUGCAAACCUACCCGUUGAUAUUCAGUCCCGGGAGAGCAGUUGGGAGCUAAGCUGAUCGCUGGUGACUUCCCUGAGAAGCUGGUGUUGGACUGGAGCAGCCAGCUAUGGCCAUGAGCCAGGGGACGCUCCUCCUCCCUCUGUGGAUCAGAGCCAACAUGGAGGUUUAGCCCAGACAGACGCUGAGCGAGUGUUCAGUGCUGGUCCUCUGCAUGGGCAUGGAGUGGUGUCGGCUGCAGACUGGAUGACACGUGUCUCCCACCGCAGAGACACCUCACCCCCCUAAUUGAACACCGCUGAUCCGUUACUUUACGGGAACACUGACAACUGAGAGACAUCCUCACCCCGGCGACCACAGCUGAAUCCGCCUCUUUCUCAUCCCCCUCUAUCUGGACUCUCUCUCUCUUGGUCUCCUCUCCUCCUCUACUGCCCCCUCUCUCCCUUCCCUCUCCCCCCCUCCUCUUCCCUCUCCCACUGUCUUCCUUCUCUCCUACCCUCUGAACCCUGAACAUUGACCUCUGACCUUUGAUCCCUCUGGAGGUCAGGAUGAGCUGGUUGAGCCGGCUGACCCCUCGGGGUCCGGGGAGCAAGUCCAGUAGGAAGGUGGCUCCCUCCAGUCCCUGUACUGCUGACCCAGAGACCUGCCUCAUGGUGUUUGAGAACCACUGGAGACAGUUGUCCUGGGUGCUGGAGCAACAGGACCCAUCAGGUUCUAGUGAUGACCUCACCGCGGUGCGGAACCACACCGAUCAGAUGCUGUGCCUCCUGGCUGAGGAGCGACCGGGGGAGGGGGGCGAGGGCCCCUCCGGGGCGGUAACGUCCGGUAACGUCCCCCCCAUGGGCCCCAUCCUGGACCUGGUGGUGACUGAGAACGUCCUGGAGCGUGUGGUGCAGUGGCACCUGCGUCGUGGAUUGGACCCCGACAGCCAGGGGGCGCUACUCAAGCUGUUUGAGAUGCUGAUAGGCCAUUCUCAGCAGCCCCUGCUCCAACACAAGGCGGUGCUGCAGCCUCUGCUGGGCCUGCUGGGGGCCUGUACUGAUCCCCAGCUGGGCUGUCCUCCCUCUCUGGAGAACAGCCUGGUGCUGCUGCUCAACCAGAUCUGUGUGUCGAUGGCGCGUGCUCCUGCGGUGUUGGAGCUGUUGUUCAGGACGGCGCCAGCCCAACAGGGUCCAACCAACCUGCUCAUCUUCUCCCUGCUGAUCCCCUUCCUCCACCGUGACGGGGCCAUCGGACAGCAGGCCCGCGACGCCCUGCUCCUCGUCAUGGCAACCUCCGCCAGCAACCAGGGCGUGGCAUGCUACAUCGCAGAGAACUCCUACUUCUGCCCGGUGCUGGCCACAGGACUCAGUGCUCUCUACUCCUCUCUGCCUAGGAAGAUAGAGGUACGGGGGGAUGACUGGCACGCUCUGCGGAGGGAGGACUGGAUGGGCGUGUCCUCCCUGAUGCUCUUUAUGAACUCUCUGGAGUUCUGCAACGCUGUCAUCCAGGUGGCACACCCCCUGGUCCGCAGGCAGCUGGUUGAUUACGUUCACAACGGCUUCCUGGUUCCCGUCAUGGGACCCGCCCUACACAAGUCAUCUGUAGAUGAGAUGAUAGCCAGUACAGCCUACCUGGAUCUGUUCCUGCGCAGCGUCACGGAAACAGCUCUCCUCAAAACCUUCCUGCGCUUCAUCCUCAUGCAUCGCCAUGACAACGACACCAUCCUGGACACCUUGCUGACUCGCAUCAGCAGCAAUUCAAGACUGUGUAUGGUGUCUUUGAGCCUAUUCAGGACUCUGCUCUCUCUCAACUGUGAAGACCUCAUGUUGCAGUUGGUUCUCAGGUAUCUUGUGCCCUGUACCCAUGUGAUGUUGAGUCAGAGGCGUGCUGUCAGGGAGACGGAUCUCUAUGGUAAAUCAGCUGACAAGUUCCUGUCCCUCAUCCCAGAGUGCUGCCGCCUUAGCACACUGCCCCCUGCUGAGCGGGAGGAAGAACCUGCUCUCUGUGGGAAAGUACUGAAUAGUCCCAGCUCAGAGUCUCCCGUACACCCCAAACCCAGCACUCCGUCCCGCCUGGCCCUCUUCAUGCGCCAGCAGAGCACUGCACUGCCCUCCACCCCCUCCCCCACUAAGACGGACCCCUCGUCCCCCCGCGGGGGCCCCAGCACCCCCCUGUCCCCCGACAGCCCCAUGCACCCCGUCCCAGAGGGGCUGGACUGGGAGUCGGGGUACCUGGAGUACCUCAGGGACGCCCGUAGGGGGGUAGAGUUGUGCUCCUGGGCCUGCCGGAACUGGUCAGCCCCCUAUGAUGGAGAGGACCCCUCGCCCAACAUGGCCCCCCUACCGCCCCCAAUCCCCACCUCCAACCCCUCCCUGGCCAUGUUCCCAGAACACUUCUCCUUCCAGCAGGGAGGAGGAGGAGGUGGUGGUGGUGGAGGAGGAGGUAGUAACUCUCCCGGCCAGCAGAGGGCAGCGGUGGUGGCAGCAGCGCGGUCAGAGUGGACCAGUACAGAGAGGGACAGUGGAGAGUGGGACGUCACCAUCUGUAAGAACAACUGUUCUAUCAGCCUCACGCCUCGCACCAAGAAACGCUGCCUGCAGAGAGAGGAGGUCACCCUCCCCAAACCUCUUCAUCUCCUUCCCGACUCUACCUCUGCCUCCGUUCCUGAUCCCUCCGCCCUCACCACAGGCCCUCACCAGGCCGUCUUCAAUGGGGACAGCCAGGAUGGAGGGAUGGAGGUUAAGAAGGUGAAGAGAGAUUUGGGUGAGCAGCGGCAACCUGCGGGGGGUGACUCUAGUCGGAACGUUGUGGUUGGUGCCUGCCCUACCCCGGCCCAGUCCUGUGGGGCCCUACAGGGCUUGCACAGUGAAGGGAACUGCAGUGUGGCUGGGGAAAGCUCCAGAGGUCUUCCACCACACAUACAGAGUCACACCCAGCAUCAGCCUACUCCACGGCCCUCAGCAACCCGUACCAACUCCUCCAACGUCAGCCUGACCCCUCAGGUCCACAUCCCUGCACCCGGCCCUGGAUCGGGAUCGGGACGUCCAGAGGCAACGCUCUCUAACCAGUCAGAAGCAGUGGAGCGGCUGAUCUCUGAGCUCCUGGAUGGGGCUGGGCCGGGGGAGGAGGGGCAGCCGGGGCCUGGGGACUCCAACAGCCAGGGCAUCAGCAUCGAGGCCUUCACCCAGGAACUCCGGGAGCUGGAGGAGAGGGUGAUGGAGAGGAGCAGGGGGGCCGGGCUGCUCAGACAGCUGGAGGAGACCACCAGAGACCCCCUCCCAGAGGAACCACCGCCCCCCUCGCCCCUGGACACUGACCUGAUGGGGACUGGGGCUGGAGUGGAGCUCAAGGGAGUGGGGUCAGCUGUGGGGGUGUUCAGCCCUGCCAGGCCUCUAGGACAGUCAUCCUCUCAGCCCUACACAGGUCCGUUUAUGGUGGUUCUGUUUGCCAAGCUGGAGAACAUGCUCCAGAACUCUCUGUAUGUGAACAUCCUGCUGACAGGGAUUCUGGGCCAGCUUGCCUGCUACCCUCAGCCCCUGCUCCGAUCCUUCCUCCUCAACACCAACAUGGUGUUCCAGCCCAGCGUCAAGUCUCUCAUACAGGUUCUGGGCUCAGUGAAGAACCGCAUUGAGGUGUUUGCAGCGUCUCAUGAGGACUUCCCUGCCAUGCUGAGGAAAGCCCAGCGCUACCUGGCUGCCAGGGGCAAGGUGGACUGGGCCAACUCCUCACCCAUGGGGGUACCCACCCUGCGACGCUCUGAUUCCCUGGUGAAGAGCCGGAAACCUUCGCUAGGCGACCUGAUUCUGCGCCACACCAACAGCCCCACGCGGGCACGCCACGCUGCCCAGCUCGCCCUGGCCCACGUACGAGAUGGCAGCCAAUCGCUGCACAGCGCCCUGUUCCGGGGUGGGACUGGUGGAGGGGUGUCGGGACUGGAGAAGCAGGCGGAGGCUCUGAGGGUGAAGAACGCCGUCUACUGCGCCGUCAUCUUCUCCGAGUUCCUCAAGGAGCUGGCCGCUCUGGCCCAGGAGCACGCUGUCUCCAUGCUCUUCCUCCAGAGCCAAGACACUGAGGAGUGAUGUGGUCUGUCUCCAUGCUCUUCCUCCAGAGCCAAGACACUGAGGAGUGAUGUGGUCUGUCUCCAUGCUCUUCCUCCAGAGCCAAGACACUGAGGAGUGAUGUGGUCUGGCUCCAUGCUCUUCCUCCAGAGCCAAGACACUGAGGAGUGAUGUGGUCUGUCUCCAUGCUCUUCCUCCAGAGCCAAGACACUGAGGAGUGAUGGGGUCUGUCUCCAUGCUCUUCCUCCAGAGCCAAGACACUGAGGAGUGAUGGGGUCUGUCUCCAUGCUCUUCCUCCAGAGCCAAGACACUGAGGAGUGAUGGGGUCUGUCUCCAUGCUCUUCCGGAGGAGUGGUGCUCGAUCUGCAUCCCAAUUCUACACCAUCCUCCCAAUGUGUGGUCUUGCAGACUCCCCGUCAUCGAUUGAAAAGCCUUGGAUUGGUGAUGGAAUGUGAUCUAUGAUGGAAUGUGAUCUGGGCAAUGUCUGGGCCCAUAUCCACAACGCGUCUCAGAGUAGCAUCAGUUUUUAACUUUUCGAUCACAUGGACAGGUCCUAGAGCGGCACUCUUACUCUGACACACUUUGUGGAUGUGGGUUCUUGCCUCGGUCCAUGCUACCAUUUACCCCUUCCCGCCUGCAGGGGGCAGAGUGGAGCACUGACGGGGCUGAGCGCUGCAGUGAAGGGACAAGAGGGAGGGGGAACAUGGUUCAUUCGGACAAUGAGAAAUCAAGAAUGGAAUUGCAGUAGCUAUAUAUAAAAGUGUAUUAGGGGAGAGACUACAGAAUUCUGUUCAAUGUUCUGAUACUGUGCAUAUCGUGUAUAUAAUAUUUAUGUGGAUAUAUACUAUAAACACUAACUCUCAGUAGAUCUCUAGAUUUUGGAGAGGGGUCUGUAGUGUACGUACCAUGCCAUAGCAGGGUGGCAGCGUGGAGCAGCCCCCAAAUGGUGCUGACUCACCUCUUUCCACUCUCCAAUCUCUAGUGAAUGAUGCUCAUCAGGAAUGUUCCAGCCCAAAGGAGAACGAGGUUAAAGCUUCCGUCUUUUAGGAAAUCAGGGCCAAAAAAAAAACCCCACGACUUUCAUUUCCCCUGUUCUGUACAGAGUUUGCAGAGCGUUGAAACUGAUGAGUUAAUCUCCUGAAACUCAACUCUUUAUUGGACAUAUCAACUGUAGUGGACGCAACAGGAAGGAAACUGGCCAAUGGGCUCGGCGCAUCUCAAGCAGACACACCUUUUUGUUUUUAAACGCAUCACCUCAGCGUUGGAGAUGUAACAAAAAGGGAGGGGGGGGAGGGGGGAGGGCGUCUGGAAAAGGAAGGAGACGAGGAGAGAGAGAUCCUCACCCCCUCUAGCUGUACUAGAAAACAUGUUGGGCAAACGCGUUCAUGUUUUAUCAUUAUUCUAUAUUCUAUUUUAAUUGUAUUAUUUAUUUUAUAAAUGAAACCUUUUUAAGACAUAUCAAUGCCAUGUGGGAGCGGCAAAAUCUCAACGUGUGUGUGUGUGAGAGAGAGAGUCUCCCUUCUCAGAGGAACAAUAUCCAGUCAGUUGUCAGGCCUGCACCUGGUGUUGCCAUAGGAAUGGUGUGUUUCUGUUCUGGUGUUGCCAUAGGAAAAGGUGUGUUUCUGUUCUGGUGUUGCCAUAGGAAAAGGUGUGUUUCUGUUCUGGUGUUGCCAUAGGAAAAGGUGUGUUUCUGUUGUGGUGUUGCCAUAGGAAUGGUGUGUUUCUGUUCUGGUGUUGCCAUAGGAAAAGGUGUGUUUCUGUUGUGGUGUUGCCAUAGGAAUGGUGUGUUUCUGUUCUGGUGUUGCCAUAGGAAGCUGUGCUGCGCCAUUGUCCCCCAUGUGGGCCAGCCCCCUAGCAAUUCGAGUUACGUGUUUUUGGUUGUUGAGUCCAUGCCCAUUUCAAGCUUUUCGUUCUAAAAAAAUAAUACGUUAUUUCAGAAAAUGUAGGCGAUUUAGCUGGCUAACUCGAUGAUCCUGCUUUAUAGUACACCCCACAGUAGUCUGAGAGAGACUGGGAGGAAACCUCCCUUCUCUCUGAACUCUGUUGGGCUAGAUGGUUCCCUCAGGACAGGAGUAAUUGGUUUAAUGUGACGUUUACGUUUAUCACAGUCAGUUCUUGUUUGCAUUAACUCAUCCGAAGUUCCGUCCAUCAAAUCUGUUGUUGUGUGCGUGAGACACACUCAGUCUAAAAUAACCAAGCAGUUUUGUCUCUUAAAACCCUGGGAGGAAUAGUCUCCCCCCCUCCCCCAACCCCCCCCAACCCUGAAACAUCGAUCUCUAGACCCCCCCACCCCCUGAUGACCUUGGAACUAGCCUGGCUUAAACACUAAUACUAAACUUUACAUAUUAGUUCAUAUACAGAGAUAAAAACUCUCGUUCUUUUUUUUUCUCUCUGAGGUACUAAGUAAAGAAAGAGGGGAAAACCUAGUGUGUAGAAACUUUUGACCGUGUCUGUUGCAGUGGGAUCACAUAUUUCAGGGUUCCCCAACUGGCGGCCCGCGGGUGGUUCUAUUUGGCCCGCGGGUGGUUCUAUUUGGCCCGUGGGUGGUUCUAUUUGGCCCGCGGGUGGUUCUAUUUGGCCCCCCAAGUUUUCUGAAAAAAAUACAAUAAUAAUAAUAAUAGUGUUUAAAGCUGUCAUCAAGGCAAAGGGUGG